AUGAACAAGGCUGAGGAGCGCUUGUUUUUUGGGAAGAAAUUCCCUAAUAAAAAGAAUGGCGACCCGUCUUGGAAGAUGGCUAUCCAGGUCGGCGUGGACGGCACAGGCCUGCAGGGAUCCUCAGGCGAAUUCCCUCAAAUCUGCUUGUGGAACAUCCAUGGCCAAAUUAUAGGGUACAACGACCAAACCAUCCGAAUAGCUGAUCCUCACUUUGAUUUCCCAUUCCCCAAACCCCCGGACCCAAAAUUUUCACAAAAGUACAACGACGAGAUUUAUCGAGAGGACAUGCCUACGAUCCUGAACGGGGGAUUGAACUCGGUGGGGAUUUGGCCAAUGCCAGACAACGAAGACAUGGGAAAGCAACAGGCGGUAUACGUGACCAUGAUCAAGCGGCACUUUGAUGCUAUUUGCGUUGCAUCUGUAAUCCUUGUAUGGCCUGACGGCCGAAAUUGGGUAUUCUAUGCUUAUACAUCUGAUAAAAAGAGCGAUGGGGCAUGCUUCUGGCUGGAUCAUCGCGGGGACCUGAAACACACGAAAGAUCUCGAGGAGGAAUAUAUUGGCGCAAAUCUUGACCAGCUCGGAAGGAAGCCGAAGAAGGAGUACCCCAGCUACUUGUGGGCCUCCAACGUAAAGCCCGAGACUGGCCUACCUGAAGGUGAAGAUCUCAACGGAGGGAUGCGUGAGAAUGGGGUGCAUGAGUACAAGGUUCCGUUGGGGGUAAAAUUUAAGGCCCCUUCGUUCUUUCGUGGUAGCUAUGGAGACGAACUCGAUAACAUGACCGUCGACGACUUCGUCACCAACCCAGCAAAGAUUCGUUGGAUAACGAGGCCCACGCGGAAGAAGGUGCGAGGCGGGAACGAGGUUCUUCCCAUCAUGCAUCCGGGACGUUCCAACGAGUGGGAAAAGGAUCCGGAACUAAUCUGGGAGGACACGUCGAAACAAAAUAUUCCGGUUGACUGUAUGACCGACUGGUACUACGAUGAGAACGAUGUUCUCAAAGAGCCGGGAAGCGACCGUCGAUGCGCGAUGGUCCCGGGCCAGUACUGCCGCGAAGAAAAACGCCGAGCGGUCGAAGGCGGGUCCACAGCUGAUCAGCCUCCACCUCGGUUGCACGAACGGCACGCACGCACUCUUGUCAACGACAAGAACCGGCGAGGCCUGGCCACCAGCACCAAGGAACUCUGCGAGAGCCCCCACUCCGUCGGGCCCAGCUACGCAAACCACCACGAGCGCUUCUUCUGCCGCAUGACCGACAAGACGCUGUGGCCCUUCUGCGACCGCGCCGCUGGGGUCUCGCACGACUGCUUCGAUGCUGAGGCGGAGAUACUCGUAGAGAAGAACAAGCCUAUUGGCAAGCGGUCGCAUCACUGGGAUGCUAUCGAGGACUGGCAUUCCGAGAAGAGGUCUAAGAGGGCUGCUUAA